AUGUAUAAAAGUUAUCAUGUUAAAUCUUUACUUAAAGCUUGUACCAUACCAGCAGGAUCAAAAUUAGUACAAAACCCAAAUUAUCAAGCAUAUGUAUUUUUACCAAAAGCAUGGACUUGGGAUUCAAAUUCUAGUUCUGCAAGUAUUGCAUAUAGAAGAAAUUCUGCUUCAAUUAUUGGUUCAACAAACCAACAAACAUCUCCAGAUGCUGUUUUAAAAAUUAUUGACACAGACGUUCGAAACAUUGUUAAUGAUGUUAUUAAAACUUUGGGGUUAAACUUUGCUGGAGCUAAUUUUACUUUAUCAACUACUGUAAAUGAAAUUCCAAAAAUGUCGUUAGUAACUUUUGAUCAAGUUAUAUAUGAACUUUCAAAAAAAACUCAAAAUGAAAAAUCAAUUGAUUCUGGAACAACUAAAUCACCACAACCUACUUCUGUGCCAACUAAUACAUCAUCAAUUACAUGUAAAGAAUGUUAUGUUUUGGAGAAUAACUCUGUUAGAUAUUAUAUAAAAGAUUUUGAUACUAUAAAUCCAGAAAAUAUUUUUGAUUCUUCUACAGGUUUAGUUCCAUAUAGUCAACUAUUAUCUUUUAAAACAACAAAUACUCCAUUAUAUUAUGAUUUUUAUUGGGAUAUUCUUGGUGAUAGAAUUCGUACAGCUCUCCAAAAUGAAGGAGUUAUAUUUGACUCCACAAUGAAAGUCAGUUCAAAUAUUUAA